UUGUGCGAGGAGGUAAGGCACUGGAGGUGGACUUUAAAGCUUCCAAAGAAUGCUGACACUCCUACUGUACUCUGCUACCUGCUUAUAGGUCAAGACAGGAGCUCUCAGCUGUACCUGCCUUCAAGAUCUCCAGCCCUUACUCUCCUCAGGGUCACCUUGCAUCACAACAGUUCCCACUGCAAUCUACUUCCGGUGUUGACCAUGCCUGGGUGGAGCUGCCUGGUGACAGGAGCAGGAGGGUUUCUGGGCCAGAGGAUCAUCCAAAUGUUGGUGCAGGAGGAAGACCUGCAGGAGGUCAGAGCCUUGUUCAGGACUUUCACUCCAAAACACAGGGAGAAGUUAUCCAAGCUGAAGACAAAAACCAAGGUGACAGUGCUAAAAGGAGACAUUCUGGAUGCCCAGUGCCUGAGAAGAGCCUGCCAGGGCAUCUCUGUUGUCAUCCAUACUGCUGCUGCCAUUGAUUUCUUAGGGAUCAUUCCCAGACAGACCAUCCUAGAUGUCAAUCUGAAAGCUCUCCUCAGGGUCACCUUGCAUCAUACCAGUUCCCACUGCAAUCUACUUCCUGUGUUGAUCAUGCCUGGGUGGAGCUGCCUGGUGACAGGAGCAGGAGGGUUUCUGGGCCAGAGGAUCAUCCAAAUGUUGGUGCAGGAGGAAGACCUGCAGGAGGUCAGAGCCUUGUUCAGGACUUUCACUCCAAAACACAGGGAGAAGUUAUCCAAGCUGAAGACAAAAACCAAGGUGACAGUGCUAAAAGGAGACAUUCUGGAUGCCCAGUGCCUGAGAAGAGCCUGCCAGGGCAUCUCUGUUGUCAUCCAUACUGCUGCUGCCAUUGAUGUCUUAGGGAUCAUUCCCAGACAGACCAUCAUAGAUGUCAAUCUGAAAGGUACUCAGCUCCUGUUGGAUGCUUGUGUGGAAGCCAGUGUGCCAGUCUUCAUCUACAGCAGCUCAUUAAGUGUGGCUGGACCAAACUACAAGGAGCCUGUCCUGAAUGGCUGUGAGGAAGACCAUCUAGAGAGUACAUGGUCUCAUCCAUACCCAUACAGCAAAAAGAUGGCCAAGAAGGAAGUGCUAGCAGCCAGUGGGCGCACCCUAGGAAAUGGUGGCACUUUGCACACUUGUGCCUUAAGACUCCCAUUCAUCUAUGGGGAAGAAUGUGCACACCUGUCAGUCAAGGUAAAUGAAGCACUGAAGAACAAUGGCAUAUUUUAAAAAAAAAAUGGCCCAUUCUCUGUGGCCAGCCCAGUAUAUGUUGAAAACGCAGCCUGGGCACACAUUCUGGCUGCCAGGGGCCUACGAGACCCCAAGAAGUCACCAAGCAUCCAAGGAAAGUUCUACUACAUCUCAGAUGACACCCCUCACCAAAGCUAUGAUGAUUUAAAUUAUGCCCUGAGCAAGGAAUGGGGCCUCCGCCCUGAUUCCAGUUGGAGCCUUCCUCUGCCCCUGCUCUACUGGCUUGCCUUCCUGCUGGAAACUGUGAGCUUCCUGCUGCGUCCAGUCUACAACUACCGGCCCCCCUUUAACCGCUUCUUGAUCACAACCUUAAAUAGUGUCUUCACCUUUACCUACAAGAAAGCUCAGCAAGACCUGGGCUAUGAGCCAUGUGUCACCUGGGAGGAAGCCAAGCAGAAAACCUCAGAGUGGAUCGGGACACUAGUGGAGCAGCACAAGGAGACACUGAAUGCUCAGUGAUAUGCAGAUGGCAGUGACAUGGUCAUGGGUGUUAUCAGGUCCUCCAGAAAGGGACUUAGAAACAAUCUAACUCUUACACUUCCCUUUGAAGUGUCCAUUAUCCAGCUUGUCUUCAGUUCACUGAAAGCUUUGCCAGUCAUUGGCCAAGCCAUAAAGUUUCUGCCCUAAGAACUUGCCCAGGGAUACAAGGGCUGAUGUGCCUCACCUGCUGUGACCAAAAUCUUAGUUGCUGAUGCUGAACUGCCUGGAGCCUUUUGUGACUUAGAAUUUCAUCAGUGUUUCUAGUUCCCCUCUCAAAGUCCCAAAGCAUUUAUUUCCUGUUGCUUUAUGAAGCUCAAAGAAAAGAACAAUAAAAUGAUUUAAUGCUUAA